AUGUCUCGUUUGCCAAUUCUCCGUCUCCCGGAUCUUGUACUUGAGGAAGUGUUCAAGGAGAUGGAUCCAUUCAAAUUAAUCGAAUUCGCAAAAUGCUCGAAACGCCUUCAUCCAAUGAUCAGACGCAUUGGCAAGAAAUUCGAGUUAUCAGUGGACCUCUACUGCAAACAAAUCAACAUCUACACCCCAGACAAACGUCAGUGGCCAGUUUACUUCUAUUCGUUGGAGAGCGAGCAGGAGAAUGCGAAAUUCGUGAAGACCGAGUGCCCGACAAGGGAUAUUUGCAUCCAUCUCUUCGAAUUUCUGCUUUACUUCGGAUGCCGCAAAAUUCGCCACUUUGAGACUUGUCCAGAGACCAUUUUCAACACUUUGCCAAUUGUUAAACUCUUGGUUCAUUUCAAAUGCUCGGUGAAAAAUGUGACUUUCCGUAUGUACAAAACUGAAGGAGACGUCUUCAAGGAGAUUCUGAGCAGCUUGAAAGUCACCGAUAUGCUCAGCAUCGGAGCAGCUGUCGAGUUCCCACCAACUUUCGAAUUUAAAUUCGUUUUUUACCCGAAAUUCCUGUACAUCCAAAACUCGCACUGGAUCAAGAUGGAUCAACUAUUCAAAGCUGCCAAUCGCUGCCUCAAAAUUUCAUUGAAAAAGUCUAGCCUCACCAAUGAAGACCUGGAUCGAUUCCUGAGAAGAUGGCAAUCUGGAAAGCUUCGUAGAAUGAAAAUGUUCUAUUUUACGGUGCAAGGCAAGCAAAUCAAUGAUAAAUCUACAAUUUUCGAUAUGGAAAUUCCGAUCAAAUCGGAGGAUGAUAAAUGUGUCCAUGAAAGAGACCACGAAGGAUAUCAGGAAACCGUGAGAAGAGGUGUCGUGUUCAAGAAUGUGGAAGGCCAGAGGGCAGUGAUCCAUUUCGAUCCACCUCGAAGCAGUGCGUUCAGCUUUAUGCUCCUAGACUAA